GCUGGCAAGUCUAUAAGCGUACAAUAUUACCAACCUCGGAAUGUGUUUUCGAUAGUGGGAUAAGCAAAAUGACAUUUGUCAAAUGCCGAAAAAGCGGUGAAAAGUAUUUUACUUUUUUUUCUAAUGUUGGUGAAUGCGUGUUUUGAUGUAAAAUAAUACUUUCAAACACGUAUAAAUCUGUAAAAAUAUAGCUUACAUUUUUAAUAAAAGUUUAAUAGAAACAGACGGCUCAAAGCAUAUUUAGUUGAGGAGGGACAAAUAUGGCUGAAUAUUUGGCGUCCAUUUUUGGCACCGAGAAAGACAAAGUAAACUGUUCAUUUUACUUCAAAAUUGGUGCAUGUCGUCAUGGUGAUCGUUGUUCGCGAAUACACAAUAAACCAACAUUUUCGCAAACUGUGCUCCUACAAAAUCUGUACGUGAAUCCCCAAAACUCUGCAAAGUCAGCGGAUGGCUCCCAUUUGGUAGCCAAUGUUUCCGACGAGGAGAUGCAGGAACAUUACGAUAACUUUUUUGAGGAUGUUUUUGUUGAAUGUGAAGAUAAGUACGGUGAAAUUGAAGAGAUGAACGUAUGCGACAACUUAGGAGAUCACCUAGUAGGAAACGUUUAUAUUAAAUUUCGUCACGAGCAAGAUGCUGAAAAAGCCGCAAAUGAUUUGAAUAACCGUUGGUUUGGUGGACGUCCAGUUUACUCCGAAUUAUCGCCUGUAACCGAUUUUCGUGAAGCUUGUUGCCGACAAUAUGAAAUGGGUGAAUGUACGCGAUCUGGUUUCUGCAAUUUCAUGCACCUGAAACCAAUUUCAAGGGAAUUACGAAGAUACCUCUAUUCUCGACGCCGCCGAUCUCGUUCCCGCUCUCGUUCACCACGUCGCCGUCGUUCUCGAUCUCGUGAUCGCCGCCGUUCACGCAGUCGGGAAGGCCGAGGAGGUGGCGGUGGCGGAGGAGGCGGCGAUGGUCGCAAAGGACGAUACUGAAUGGAUGUGACAAAGACAUAUACCACUAUUCUACAGUACUGGCGGCUUUCAAUCCAUUCGUUUGUAACUGCGUAACUUUGAAAAAAUUAGACCCUCAGCUUUUAAUUUGUAUUUGAUUAUGAAAUAUACCGUGUAUUUCAAACUACUUCACCCAAUGUAUGCAUUUUGAUCAUUAAUCAAAAGGAAAUAAAUCACCUAUUGAGACAUUU